AUGUCCAAUGGCAGCUCCAUCACUCAGUUCCUCCUCCUGGCCUUUGCAGACACAAGGGAGCUGCAGCUUUUGCACUUCUGGCUCUUCCUGGGCAUCUACCUGGCUGCCCUCCUGGGGCAACAGCCUAUCAUCACCGCCAUAGCCUGCGACCACCGCCUCCACACACCCAUGUACUUCUUCCUUCUCAACCUCUCCCUCCUCGACCUGGGAUCCAUCUCUACCACUCUCCCUAAAUCAAUGGUCAAUUCUCUGUGGGACACAACUAACAUUUCCUUCAAAGGCUGUGCUGCCCAGAUCUUUAUGCUUGUAUUCUUGAUCUCAGCAGAGUUUUAUCUUCUCACUGUCAUGGCCUAUGACCGCUAUGUUGCCAUCUGCAAACCCCUGCACUAUGGGACCCUCCUGGGCAGCAGAGCUUGUGCCCACAUGGCAGCAGCUGCCUGGGGCAGUGGCUUUCUCAAUGCUGUUCUGCACACUGCCAAUAUAUUUUCACUCCCUCUCUGCCAUGGCAAUGCUGUGGACCAGUUCUUCUGUGAAAUCCCUCAGGUCCUCAAGCUCUCCUGCUCACACUCUUACCUCAGGGAGGUUGGGCUUAUUGUGGUCAGUGCUUGUUUAGCACUUGGCUGUUUUGUUUUCAUUAUGCUGUCCUAUGUGCAGAUCCUCAGGGCUGUGCUGAGGAUCCCCUCUGAGCAGGGACGGUACAGAGCCUUUUCCACGUGCCUCCCUCACCUGGCUGUUGUCUCCCUGUUUCUCAGCACUGCAGUGUUUGCCCACCUGAAGCCCCCCUCCAUCUCAUCCUCAUCCCUGGAUCUCAUUGUAGCAGUGCUGUAA